AUAGAUCUAGAUCUAUAUGUACUUUAUAAUUUGCAUAAAAUAUAGAUUUAGAAACAGGUCUCUAUUUCGAAUUAAUUUAUCGUCAAGUAAAACUAUAAAGUCUAUGAUGGAACAAGAAGGCAAACCUAAAAAAAAGAAACUUCAGAUGGAAAUAAUGCAACUCAAGCGAGAUGUGCAUAAAUAUCAUACUUUAUACGAAAAGCAGAAGGAAUACUGUGAAGAGAAACUGCAAGAGCUAACAAUCCUUGAAGCCAAACAUAGAGAACUAGAACACAAAUGCAGCAUUCAAGAGAAAGAAAUAGAACAGCUCUAUCAUGAACAUGUAAAUCUUGUCAAAGCCAUUGAGAUAAAGAAUCAAGAAUUGGAGGCUAGGAAAUCAGAACUAAACUCUGUUACAAAUAGCUAUCAAGAACUUUCAAAAAUUCUUCUUUUAGUUGACAAACAUUUACAGUUCCUGGAAACUGAAAAACUAGUUGAUUCUGGAGCUAUGAAUGUCACUGUAAAGGAGCCAAACGCUAUAGAUAAAAACAACUAUAAAUUAGGCUCAAAGUUUACAAUGGAGCAGAACUGUAAUUUGCAGGAUAAAACUCUACUAUCCAUAGAUGAUUUCAUAGCUGCUCGAGAAACUUGUCAGACCCUCACAUCACUGACUUCAUUAGAUAUUGAAAAAGAGAGACUUUCAAGGCUUUUGAAUCACCCUCAGAUGGGUGGAUCCAAAAAUGAAAUUCUCAAUGUGGACAACAAUAACAUAAACAAAGAUGCAGAACUUUUUCUAAAGAAUUCUUCUGUUAUUUGGUCAACUCUUGAAGGGACAAGUGCUAAUAGUGUAUCUACUAAAGAUCUGAUAGACAAAUUCAAGGACAAGCUUAACUUUUGCCAGUUGAAUUUAAAAAAAGACAAAGAAAUCAACAAAGUUUGCAAAGAAGAACUCAUGAAAUUAAUAGAAAAGCUACAAAAGGAACUUGAAGUAUCUCAGAAGAACCUUGAAACGAUGAGAUUUCAAGACCAAGCUGUACAGGAACAUUAUCAGGGCUUGGAAAAGGAAAUAGAAAAACUUCAGCAGGAACUGAAAACCAAAUCUAGUGACCUUGAAACACGAAAUGUAGCUCUAAAAACAUUGGCUGUUGAAAACAAAAAAUGGAGGGAGCUGAAAAUUAAAAAUGAGAAACAGAUUAGACUCAUGACAGAAAAGUUGAAGGUGCUGGAAUAUGUAAAUAAGACAAGAAAUGAAAUGUUUGAACAGAAACUUAAACAGUUGUUAAAAACAAACUGCAGGACUCAAGCUAAAGUGCAUUCAAAGCAAGUGCAGACAGAUGAUACUUUAGAAAGAUCCAUCAAUGAUGCAUCAAAGUAUCAAAUGGUAUUGACAAUACAAGACCUCCUGAAAAAAAUGAUUAAAAAGUCUGAAGAUGUUAUCAAAUUGGAGUCCCUUUUGAAAAAGAAAAGUUUAAUUGUGGAGAAUAUAGUUCUUGACUUUGUUAACAAAUCCAACAUUGACAGAAAAAGAAACAAUUGUGAUGAAGAUCAAACUAAAGCCAAUUACAAGACAACUUUGUCUUCACCUUCCAAACAUCAUCAACAAGAUACAGAAAGCAGUAGUGAAGAUGACUCCACACUAGAAAACAUGUCUGAGACUUCUCUAGAGCCAGAAGAAAUGACAAAAAAAGUGAACUCACUCAUAAAGUUUCAGUUUGAUCCCAAAAAUAAACUGAAUAAAAUUCAAAACUAUGAAUGCCAGCAACAGAGCAAUAAUAGUUACAACAAAUGCAUGGAAACAGAUAGGCUUCAUUGUGGUAAAAGACAGGAUUAUAGACAGUAUGUUGGCCGUGAUGAAAAAUACAAUAAAUUAUCACAGGCUGAUUUAGGAUCCUGUACAAAUCUUUCAUUUGAAAUGUCAAUGCAGAAAAAUAUGACCAGAAAAAAUCCAUGUCAAAUGCAAAACGAGUCAUACAGAAAAGACUCAAGCAAAAAAUUAAAUACACAAUCUUUGAGUCAAGUAAGAGAAGAGUUGCACUGUGAGCCAAAGAAAAAAAACAUAAAACCAAAUUUUUCAUUACUGCACGAGUCGGACAGUUCAACUUAUGCUGGAAAUAGGAAUACAAGGAAAUCUUCUAAGCUGAUGUUACAGGAAGUAACCACUUCAUCAGAGAAUGACCAGUCUGACGCAACUGAGGAUUUCGAUGAAAGCAGUGAAUUGGAGUGUGACACAUCACAUAUAAGGCUUAGCACUGAAAUGAAAAACUUCUUGAAGCAACAGAAUCUGGAGCUAGACAGAUCUCAACAAAACAAUUCAUCAAAUAUAUUCAAAAAUGCAGAAUUUUAUGUCAUACUGAAAGGUCAAAGGAAAAAAUCAAGUUGAAACUUCAUUUCAUAUCAAUCUCAAAUUUUGGUAUUGAUAUUUGAUAUAACCUUUACAAUAAAUUUAUUUACACACUA